GAAGCUUAUUGUAUUCACACCAGCUUCCAGUCGGAAACGUCCUCCAAAUUGCCAAGGUAAUAUAAAUUCCCAUCCCUACGUCGCUCGCUUUCAGAAGUAUUUAAAGGAGUUUCAAGGAAGGCAAAGUCUCCAUCUCGAAACGACACUUUUGACUAUUCCCCUCAACAAGUUGACACGCCGAAGAAGAUGAAAUUCGUACUCGUUCUCCUGUGCAUCGUCAUCGCCGUGGUCGAAGGCAGCCCCAUCACGUCGACUGGCGGCAUGCACUCCGAAUCACAGUCGAACGACCAGUCGAACGACCAGAUUUCAGAUAGUGCCAUGUAUAUUCAAAGCGUCUCACACAUGGCUAUCGUCGAUAUGUUCUCGCCCUUGAUGUCGGCUUUGUCAUCGCUCGACUUACAGUUGUCAAGACUUCAUAGCAUUGCAGUUCAGGUUGACGUCACUAUUCCCAGUGUGGUAUUUCCAAAAAUCGAUGUGACGGUCAUCUAUGAGUGCAAGGCUAAGUAUGAUCCAAAGUACUCACCGGCAAUCACCUAUCUGAUGUCAAAGGAAGACGAGAUCGAGUCUCACAUCGACACAGCAACCCUGCUCGCUCACGGCAUCGAAUACGUCAACAACCUCCUCGUCAACGACGAGAUGGACCAGAAAACCCUUCAAGCGAUGUCAUCCAAGCUCAAUGAUUUCCUGUCCGACUAUUCCAGUUUGAUUUCCGGCUUGCAAUCAUCUAUCUGUGUUGAUGAUAACAUCCCAAUCAGUGAAACCGUACAACAGGAGCAUACAAAGGAAUAUAUGGACCCUGCACUGGAUAUAUUCUUCAGCGAGAGGGGAAAUUGCUUGACGGGCGGCUGUAUCGACAAGUAAGGACGUAUAUGGACAAAUUAUGCUCCAUCAAAUGGAUAGACUCAGCGAUGGUGAUCGGACGAAACAUUAUAAGACAUUAUUUUUCGACCUCAACUCUUGUAAAACAAAUCAGAUGUAUUAUGAGAUCUGACCAUAUUGUUGAGAGGUCACUAAACUGUACCAUACACCUUUGAUAUUUUGCUUUCAUUUGUAUGUAUUUAGUAUGCAUGAUUGUGAUUAUUUGUGAUUCUAAUUAGUAAUGAUUAAAUAGACCAUAUUGAAGUGUACCAAGUUUCUGUGAAGUCUCGUUCGUUC